AUGGAUGGAUCGUGUCAAUGCUAUCCCGAGUGGAAGGGCCGUGAGUGUGAAAUUUUGUGGUCUGAAUGUGCGGAUCCGACGUGCUCCGGUCAUGGACAGUGUGUCACCGGCGAAUGCCAUUGUUACGACGGUUACGGUGGGGAAUCAUGCGAACAACGUACAUGUAUCUCCUCCAAUUGCACUGGGCAUGGAGUUUGUACAGACGGCACGUGUCGCUGUUUCAGCGGUUGGUCCGGAGCGGCUUGUGACAUUCCCGUUCCAGUGAUGCACACGGCCAGUUUGAAUUCGGCCGCGUUUAGCACAGAACGAGACGCGAUGGGCAGUCAUCCUCCCGGGACGAACCGACCAACCACGAGCAGCGGAAGCAGUCGUGGUGGCUCGGAUUCCACUCGAGCUCAGUUGGAUGAACGUGUUUUGAAAUCUUGUGAUCUGGAUUGUGGCUCCCAUGCGCAAUGCGUGUUGAAUAAGGCCGAUCAACCCUUGUGUCAGUGUGAACCGGGCUGGUCCGGAUUGUUGUGUGAUCGGAAACUGUGCGAUCCGCGUUGUUUUGACCACGGUCACUGUUCAAACGGGACCUGUGUGUGCCAGGUCGGGUGGAAUGGAAAACAUUGUACUCUGGACGGAUGUCCGGAUCAAUGCAGUGGGGUCGGACGAUGCCUGGCUGAUUUGGACGGUCUAUACAGCUGUCACUGUCCUCCGGAACGAAAAGGCAGUGCCUGUCAGGCCAAGGUGGAAUUAAUCUGUGACGAUCAAGAGGAUAAUGAUGAAGAUCACUCACCUCCUACUUGCUGGGAUUUAAAAUCCCAGUUACGUACACUGGGAUGCACUUUGGUGCCUGAUCUAAUUUCCCAGUUACUCUCGUUGGUACACGGUAAAGCGAAUAGUCGUUACUAA